AUGAAGGAAGCGUUGGAAUUACGCGAACCCACGGAAAUGUAUUUUGCUCAACCUCUUGAGGAUAAUCUUUUUGAAUGGCACUUCACCGUACGAGGGCCUCUGGAUUCGGAUUUCGAUGGAGGAAUUUACCAUGGUCGAAUCCUAUUUCCACCGGAAUACCCUAUGAAACCACCAAAUGUGGUCAUCCUUACGCCUAAUGGACGGUUUGAACUGAACAAAAAGAUUUGCCUUUCCAUUUCUGGGUAUCAUCCGGAAACAUGGCUUCCUUCGUGGUCCAUUCGGACCGCUUUACUCGCUUUAAUUGGGUUCAUGCCAACUGCCGGAGCCGGUGCUCUUGGUAGCCUUGAAUACCCUGUAGCUGAAAGAAGAAAAUUAGCGAAGAAAAGCUUGGAGUGGAAAUGCAAGGAAUGUGGCGCAUGUAUGAAGAAUGCCCUGAAAUCUCUCACAGAAGACGCAAAGAAGAGUAACGAGGAAGCAAAAAAGCUUGCAACACAGCUCAACUUCAAGGUUGGUGCCAUUUCCCAUUUGAUUUCUCUGUAUGACCUUGCAAUUAUGAGCGCAAGCCGGCCAACUCCCACAUUUCGCCAGGACGAUGACGGUUACAUGUCACUCUUCAUAACAGUGCCUAUUUGUGUAGUUUUCUUAUCAUUGUUUAGUCUACUUCUAGCGAGACGCGAGAAUCCUUGA